CUUUUAUAUGUGUGUCGGUCAAUCUCCAAAACGGGUGUAUUCGUGUGAUCGCUCUGGCGCUUUUCAGAUAUAGAUAUUUAAUGAUAAUUAUGUAUCUCAUUAAAAAUAAAGAAAAAUAAAUAUCAAUAUUUUCAAUACGCCCGUUUUGGAAAUUGUCCCGUACAGUCGACACACGUUUAUUCAAACCUUCGACAAUUCGACAAUACAUUUGUAUACACUUGGUAAUUCGAACGAAAAUAUUAAUUCUAAGUACCUAAAUGACUCGUUAACUCGAAUUCAUCGGCAUUAAACUCUCGACACUGGAAAGUUACGGAGAGAAAAGGACAGAAAGAUCUCAAAACUUGCAGAGGUUACAAUGGGUCUACCUCAGCUGCAGACAUGUUGCUUCAUCUUCGACCUAAAGACUGGCUGCAUCAUCAUGGGCAGCAUCAAUGCGUUUCUAUCGUUCACGCUUCUUGCCCUGAUGAUCGUGUUAGCAGCAGAAGUGGGGGCUAUAGACGUAGAGGUGAUGUACGCCGGUGACGUGGAGAUGCAGGCUGGCAUCACGGGGCUGUAUGCCAUGACCAUCAUCCUGGUGUUCAUGUUCCUCGUCAAGUUCAUAUUCGAUAUCGUCUUCGUUUAUGGAGUUUCUACGGAGCGGCCAGUGAUCAUCAAGGCGUACAUGAUCAUGUGGAUCGUGUUCUUCCUGCUGUCCAUGUUCAUCUUCUUCCUCAACGCCCCCAACAUCAGUGUCGGCACCAUCUGCACCGAAGUCAUUUAUAUUGCUCACAACGUGUACACAAUCCUGUUAUGCCACAGUUUCUACAAGCAACUGAACACCAGAGAAGAAGUAUAAAGAAAAUAUGAAGCAUCAAUCAAUUGUUUUUUAUUCAAUGUUGUAGUGACAGUAGGAAUGUUCUUAAGGCUGACUAUUUAACCUUUUUACUGCCAUUUCGAUGAUAAAACGAGUUUUGCUUCAUUCAUGAAUAGCCAUAACACAAAGUGAGUUACAAGUCCUUUUGGGCAAACGGGUUUUAAGGGGAUUUAAGCUCUAACAACCUCAUGUCCUAAUACUCAAACGCUACUCAAUUUUAAGAAGCUCUCAAAACUAGUUCUGUCCCUAUCAAUUCUUUUUUCUUUUCGAUAUAAACUAAACGAAAAAAAAGAGACAGCACGAUAUUUAAGUACAACUUAAAAUUGAGUAGCAUUUCAGUAUUCGGGAGUCACUCUCACACUGCAAAACUACGCUAGCGUUGUGUCAUAGCCUGUUUUCUAUGAAACUGUUUAUCUAUACCUACUCCAGUUAAAUUAACUCGUUCCAACAUGAAGUAUGACUUUCCUAUGUGAAAAAUACGUUUAAUAGGUACAUCAUGCCAUAAACGAUUGCCAAAAAUCUGUGCCAAAAUUAAUGUCAAAUUAGUAAGCUUUAAGUAUUUUAAUUUUACCUACGGUAAAACGGGGUGAAUAGUAUUCGAGGGGUGAAUAGAUACAGAAGAGGGGUGAAUAAAUGUUUUUUUUUUGAGGGGGAGGGGUGCAUAAAUGUUGGGAAAAUGUUUUAACUUCUAUUUACCCCUUUCCUGUAUCUAUUCACCCCUUUUUCCGUUACCUAAUGCUAUUUUAAAUUAACAUUUGUAAAUAAAACAUAUGAUAAGAAUUUAUAUAUGAAACAUUCAUCAUUUAUUCAAUUCGUUAGUUGUUGUUAUCACAUAUAUUAUGUCUAUAUAAAAAAUAUAAAUACUGUUGAAAAAUUAA